AUGGAUGGUGAUUAUUUUCUUGUCGUCGUGGAUUCCUUCUCGAAAUUUCGUACGUCUGCUGCCGCAACCAUAGCUAUUCUUCGUGGAAUAUUUGCUCGGCUUGGUAUGCCGGUAGUCAUAGUAAGUGACAAUGGUCUUCAAUUUGCAAGCAAGGAAAUUGCCGAAUAUUGCGCUGCGAAUGGUAUUGAACAUAUUUUUACCGCUCCAUACCAUCCUCAAUCCAAUGGUCAAGCGGAGAGAUUUGUAGAUAUCUUUAAGCGGGCCGUGAAAAAGAAUCAAGGGGGAAGAGCAAGCAUCAAUGAAGCGUUAGACAUCUUUCAUCUCACGUAUCGAAAUACUCCUAAUCGCUCCGCUCCUGACGGUAAAUCACCUUCGGAAAUAAUGUUCGGUCGCAAACUGCGAACGUGUCUUGAGUUACUCCGACCGCCAGUUCAACACUUCGAAAAGCUACCAGGAAACGUAGACAUUCAAAGACGAUUUGUGUGCAACGAUCCUGUUUAUGUUCAAGUGCAUAUAAAGAAUUCUUGGAAGUGGGCACCUGGGGUCAUUUUAGAAUGCAUUGGAGACGUGAUGUAUAACGUUUGGGUUGACAAUCGACGAUUAUUGCGAUCCCACAUCAACCAGUUGCGGAAGCGCAUUGAUUGCGACUCUGCAGCAACGUCACUCAAUAAGCAAGUGACCCUUCCUCUUGACGUCCUAUUGGAUGCCUGGAACCUGCCUCUCUCAUCGGCUUCUGUGCAGCGACCGCUGGCACCAAAGCCUGUACCAUUGCAACCCAUCGUAUCACAGGAAGUCCUUCAAGAUAAACAACAACCUAUUGCGUCGUCGGCACCGCAACAUGAUAAGCCAACUGUAUCAGCAGCGAGUCAGCAAUCGUCGUCGUUGUCUACGCAAUCAUCUACAAGUUCGUCUGAAACAACGUUAGUCUCUCAGCCAGUAUCUACGCGUCGCUCUCCUAGAACUCGGCACCUGCUAGGUUUCCAGAUCCCUACCUUCUAUAUUAAAAGGGGAGAUGUCACAGACAGAUGA